UUUCGGCGUCGUUUUUUUGUGUCUUGGGGGUUGAGUUUCUCCACACAGAGCUCAGGGUGUUUGAGGCCUUGAAGGCAGGCGGAAAAGGGGCGUCUUUGGUGGACAUGGCGAAGGAAAAGGACUUCAAGGUCUACAAUUCAAUGACUCAACAGAAGGAGAUAUUCAAGCCUCUUGUUCCCGGUAAAGUUUCUAUGUACGUCUGUGGAAUCACCUCCUACGACUACAGCCAUCUGGGUCACGCUCGUGCUGCUGUCAAUUUUGAUAUCCUUUAUAGAUAUCUUCAACACUUGGGCUAUGAAGUAACAUAUGUGCGAAAUUUCACUGAUGUUGAUGACAAGAUAAUUAAGCGAGCAAAUGAAAUUGGUGAGGAUCCCUUGAAAUUAAGCAACCGCUUUUGUGAAGAAUACAUUGUUGAUAUGAAUGCUCUUCAGUGCCUGAUUCCAACACAUCAACCUCGAGUUUCUGAUCAUAUGGAGCAGAUAAAGGACAUGAUAAGUCAGAUCAUCGAGAAUGGCUUUGCAUAUGAAGUUGAUGGAGAUGUUUUCUUUGCUGUUGAAAAUUUUCCAAACUAUGGUUGUUUGUCAGGACAAAAACUAGAACAUAAUAGAGCAGGGGAACGAGUGGCUGUAGACACAAGAAAGCGUCAUCCUGCUGACUUUGCACUAUGGAAGUCUUCUAAGCCUGGUGAGCCAAGUUGGGACAGCCCUUGGGGUCCUGGAAGACCUGGGUGGCAUAUAGAAUGUAGUGCAAUGGGUUCUCAUUAUUUAACUUCCAGAUUUGAUAUCCAUGGUGGUGGAAUCGAUUUGAUUUUUCCACAUCAUGAGAAUGAGAUUGCCCAGAGCUGUGCUGCAUGCCAAGAGAGCAAAAUCAAUUAUUGGAUGCAUAAUGGUCAUGUCACUAAUAACAAUGAGAAAAUGUCGAAAUCCUUGGGCAACUUCUUUACUAUUCGCCAGAUAACUGAGCGGUAUCAUCCAAUUGCUUUGAGACAUUUCUUGAUUAGUGCUCAUUACAAAUCCCCUCUAAAUUACACAAUCUCACAGCUGGAAAGUUCAUCAGACACUAUUUACUAUAUAUAUCAGACUCUUCAAGAUUGUGAAGCAGCUUUAUCAUCAUUUCAAGAAGGAGGUGUGGAACAGAAUAAAAAGGGACCUAAAGUUAGCGAUGCGGCCAUGAAUUGCAUUAAAAAAAUGCGAGAAGAGUUUGAGGAAAAAAUGUCAGAUGACUUGCAAACGCCAGUAGUACUUACGGGUGCUUUCCAAGAGGCCUUGAAAUUUGUGAACAGUUCUUUGAAGAUGCUGAAAAAAAAGAUCCAGAAGAAGCAGCUUUUGGAAUUGUUGGAAUCUCUAGCUGCAGUAGAGAAAGAAGUUAAAGAGAUCUUAGACGUACUGGGGUUAAUGUCCCCUUCUUCCUAUGCUGAGGUUCUGCAGCAGUUGAAAGACAAGGCAUUGAAGAGGGCAGGAAUAUUGGAAGAUGAUGUACUGCGUUUGAUAGAAGAGAGAACUCAGGCAAGGAUUAAUAAAGACUUCCCCAAGAGUGAUAAGAUUAGAGCCGAGUUAACCGUUAAGGGCAUCGCCCUCAUGGAUGUGGGCAAUGAGACAGUUUGGAGACCAUGCAUCCCCAGUGAACAGUAGCGGCUCAAGUUCAGCCGUCAGAAGCCAUUGAGUGAGAAAGCUGUGUACCUUACCUAUUUAUUUGUUUUUUAUGAGUAUUACAACUGUACACAAGAAUUGAAAACUCGGAGGAGUAAUUUUUAUCCGUACUGAUCAUUACUGGAAGUUGUAACAUACAAGGCUUUGACCCUGUAAACAACUCGAGGCUACUCAGCUCAGGACUAGAGACCUUUUAAUUGUAGUCCCUGUUUUUUGAGGCCUUUAGGUUCCUGCUCCUGAUAAUUCUGUGGCCAUGAUAGUCAGGGAUCUGUUUUUUAACAUUUUGAUCGAUGUCAGUUGAUCUGUGAUGAGUCCUAGGUUGGUGUAUGCCUUGAAAAGCGUUGUGUUGGAUGUGUGUCUCUUCUGCAUCUUUCAGGAAAGACAUGUUUGUUGUAGCAGUGAGAUGGAACGAA